AUGGAGAAGAUAGACGUGCACGCCCACGCCAUCCCUCCAGCCUACCGCGCCCACCUCGUCGCGUACGGCCACGAACACCCGGACGGCAUGCCCUCCAUUCCCGCCUGGAGUGCGGCCUCGCACCUCGCGUUCAUGGAGAAGAUGGGCAUCUACAUGUCCAUCCUGAGCAUCACGUCUCCAGGGACGUCCUUGGCCUCUCACGACGACGAGCUGAACCGGAGGAUCACGCGGGAAGCCAACGACGACCUGGCGCGCACCUGCAGGGAGCAUUCGGACAAGUUCAGAUUCUUCGCGAGCUUGCCGUUGCCGGACGUGGACGGGGCGCUGGCGGAGAUCGAUCGCGUCCUCGAUCGGGAUGAACAGGCGAGUGAGCAACAAACGGGUCUCGCUCCGGGGAGGAUGUGCGUGGGAUUUGUCAUCUUGUCCAAUGCCGCCGGGACCUAUCCUGGAGACAAAUCGCUGGCGCCGGUAUGGGAGAAGUUGAAUGAACGUAAAGCCGUGGUCUUUGUCCAUCCAACCAGUUGUCACCUUUGCCCAUCUUCCUCUGCGACUGCGGGUCAUGGAGAACCGCCAACGGCGUCCGCGUCAACCAGUUCGCGAAACGGAAGAAGAGCAGUCUCUUCAUACCACCCACUGCCUGUCUUGCCAAACCCGAUGCUGGAGUUCCCCUUCGACACGACAAGGGCGAUCGUAUCCCUGAUCCUCAGCGGCACCAUUCAACGCAAUCCAGAUGUCCAAAUCAUCAUCCCCCAUGCGGGUGCGGUGCUCCCGCCUCUGAUCGCGCGCUUUGCGGCCGUGUCAUCAUUCAUAGUCCAAGCGGCCUCAGCGACAGGACAAGAUGCCGGCGUCAUCGCGGUUUCCGAACAGGAGGUUAAGAAAAUCUUCGCGCGUCGGUGCUACUUUGACCUUUCAGGCACGCCCUUUCCCGACCAGUUGAAGAUGCUGCUUCUGGUGAUGCCAGAUGCCCGGCGGAUCUUGUAUGGCACGGACUAUCCGUUUACCCCUGGCAAUGCCCUUAUUGCAGCGAAGACAGUGCUGGAUGGUGCUUUGCUACAAUUCUUCCCUGGCGAGAAAGCAGACAAGGUUAUGAGGGAAAAUGCCGCCGAGUGCAUUUUGGGGCAGCGAGAGUAG